CGGAUUCUGGCUGUGACAGAUUUUUUCCCGUCUCUUUGAUUCAUCCCCAUACACAACAACACACUGCUAGUUCCCUUUCUGGGGGAUUUCAGGCGCUGAGGCAUGAACACACCGACCGGGACCGAAUCGGUGUCGAUGGAGAUGAUGCAUGCCGAUGUGAAUAGUAAUUUACAGCCAGCGAAAAUGAGCAAAUAGUCUUUAUAUUUAUGAUAAAAGAGGAAAACGGAACGGAUUGGGAACGUGCACUGGGGCAAUCUGCUUCUGUUCACCUAGUACUAGAAAACCCCAGUUCCCUCAUGUUGGCUAUGGCUUUGGAACCAGGUCAGAGGAAAGGAGGAAGAAAGAAGAGGAGGAGGGGAUUGUCAAGCCCUUAUGCUAUUUGCUUCAGUGCCUGCCUGACUGAUUUCUGCUCAUUCAACUGAACUAGAGUCACAAAUAAAAGUGCUUUUCCACAAAAAUACUGCGCAUAUAAACCUCACAUACAAGCCUUUCCAGUUUGCUUCCAGAAUGAACACAAAAACAGUGAUGAAUCAAACCAAAUAGUUUUGUGUCUCUAUUCAAGUGACUUUGCCAGUGAAUGGCUUUGUGGCAUCCAUCCAGUCAGUGAUGCAUUCAGAUAGACACACAUCCCAUAACAGAUAGCAUUUGAGCAGAGCUAAUGGGGAAAUCACACAGUCGGUCACAAAGUUAGAACGCUCAAGACCAGACCGUCUACUUCCCUCGUGCCAGCAACUCCAUACUGUCUUGUUGGAUGCAGCUUAAUAAGCAGAAGAAGAGAAAGAAAGGAUUUCUCUCAAUCCAGCGGACUAGGGUUUUUUUUGGUAUGAUGAAAAAGUGAACUUGAAUAGUUCCAAAAACCAAAAAAAAACACGUGAGACGGACAGAGACAUUUUGUGGGAGACAUCGGGCUGAAGUAGGUGCUAUCGUUUCUUAAGUGGCGUCAGUGGUCGGCUAAGGAAACGGGGAUCCUGUAGGAUGACCAGCCUUUUCCGACGCAGCAGCAGUAAUGGAGGGUCUAGGGGUGGCGGAGGCUCAGCAGCAGGCGAGCUCAACAACUCCAAGCCCAACCGGCAAGUUCGACGGCUGGAGUUCAACCAGGCCAUGGAGGACUUUAAAACCAUGUUCCCUAGCAUGGACUAUGAGGUGAUCGAGUGCGUCCUGCGCUCCAACAAUGGGGCUGUGGAUGCUACCAUCGACCAGCUCCUGCAAAUGAGCAUCGAUGGGCAAGGCUCAGAUGACAGUUCGGAUUCAGAUGACAGCAUCCCACCAGAGAUUCUUGAGCGGACCCUCGAGCCAGACAGCUCCGAUGAAGAGCCGCCCCCUGUCUACUCGCCACCAACAUAUGACAUGCACAUAUAUGACAGGAAAUACCCUGAUGCUCCUCCUGUUCCUCCACCGAGAUUUGAGGCCCAGCCUCCCCCUGGACACAGGCAAGUCCAAGGUUACAAAAACUGGAACCCACCAUUACUUGGCAAUCUGCCUGAUGACUUCCUGCGAAUCCUGCCCCAACAAUUGGAUAGUAUACAGGGCUCUCAGAGUAGCAUCUCCAAGCCCUCUUCCUCCUCCUCCUCCUCCUCCUCCUCAGUACCCCAGAAGGUCCCCGCUGUGGCGGCUGCCACAGGAACAAGUGGAGCUUCAGAGCAGGAACGCAAACUCAAGCAAUAUUUGGAGGAUGAGCGUAUCGCUCUCUUCCUGCAGAACGAGGAGUUCAUGAAGGAGCUGCAGAGGAACCGAGAGUUCCUCAUUGCAUUGGAAAGAGAUCGAUUGAAAUAUGAGUCAAAGAAAUCCAAAUCCAGUCAUUCAUCAGCUAGCAUGGAGAACUCCACAGGUGACCACUAUGCUUCCGGAUCUGUAGAGGCCUGCACAGCAGUCUCAGAUGACGCUCUGUUCAGAGACAAGCUAAAGCUCAUGGGGAAAUCAACCAGGAAGAAGCUGUUUGAAAUCGCUAGAGGGUUCUCGGAGAAGACAAAGCGGAGGAAGUCCAAAAGAAGAACAUUGCUACGGCAUCAUUCAUUGGGCACAGCCAACUCCACUGCCAACCUCCUAGAUGAUGUGGAAGGAAACCCAUGUGAUGACGAAAGUCAACACAGACGAUUGGCUGCACAGGAAGAAGAGGAGCCACAUAAGGAACCACUAUCAUGGUGACUGGCUCAUGCAAUCCCUCCUCUGUGCUCUUGGGAAAUUAGGGUUUCCAUGGUGACCUCAGAAUGACCCAUGGCUGAUUGCUCCUUAUCUCAGCGGCUCCAGUGCAGGCAAUCCCAGACUAGUGAGGAACAGCCUCCCCCCCAGACCAGCCGAGGCAGGACUGUAUGAUCAUUUUGUAGCAGCCUUUUGCAAGCCUAAGAUUAUUGUUACCUACAUUUGAUUACUAUUAUAAUUAUUGUAUUGUAACUGUUUGUUAAUAUUUGGUUUCACAUGUAAAACUCAACAGCUAUAGUACUGAUUUCCUAUGUAUUUUUUUCUUUUUUAUCCCUAAUCACCUGAAAGAAAUUCCCUUUUAUGUUUGUUUAAAAAUAUCAGUUACCUGAGGAAUUUGUCCUCACUUAUGUUUGAUUUGACUUGUCACCAUUAGAAAAAUAGGAAAUAUUUGAUUUAUUACUGUCCAGAAGUGACACAAUUAACUCGUUGUUUUAGCACAUUAGUAUAUAACUAUUACCUUAUAUUCAAUGGACUCUGCCACUCUCAGAGUCUGAUCUGCACAUUAAACAUCAACAGCAUUUCCUCAAAGAAUGUACCCAGAUUUUUUUUUUUUUAUCGUUGCUAUUAAGGAAAAACACCAUUAAUUCAGGUCUCCAUUUAGUCUGGUGUGAUUUUAGGGCGCUGAAUAGUCCAUUUCCAUACUACUUUUUCAUAGUUAAAUCAAAACGGAGUUCAUUCAGAUGAGAUGAUGUCUUCAAAGUAGUCUCUGGCCAAGUCCGGCCACUCCGGCACAGUGUCAAUGCCAAAAUUCGAAUCGCAGAUAAACCGAAGAGUCGGCCUGCUUCUCGUGUUUGCACUGCCAUAUCUGUUUUAUAAAAUAUUUAAAUCCUUUUUUUUUUCAAUUGUUUCUUUGUGAAAAGUGAUUAGAUUUGUUUGUUUGAGCCACUAUAGUUGCCAUCUGAACAUGUUUUUUAGUUAUCUUUGAACAGUACGUGCAGAGAACAAUUUGAAUGAUGCCCUUGAACCAACCAACACGCUGCUGUGUGCUUUGCUUUUUUUGCAAAUCACACUGAAUGAUUUACCCUAACGCUGUGCUUCCAGUAGGUCACUUGACUAUGUCAUAAGGUCAGAGGUCUAACUGUGAUCCACCAAUAAGAAUGUGCCAUUAUGUUCCUUUUACUGUUGUGCGUCCCAGUACUGAUUCAGUGUAAAGUAGCCUAUUGGAGGACAUUGUGUGACAUUGAUGAUGUUUGUUUGUAUUUUAUGUAUGUCAGAUUGUCCAGCUGGUAAAUCUGGUAGUUUGAAACCACCUAGUCACAGUAUUAUGUGUCAAAGCACAUUUUUGGAUUCCACCAUGUUACUGAUACAAGCUCCUGAAAUGGCUAUUGGAAUUUGCUUUUUUUAUCUAAAGGGCAUUAUGUACAGUAUAUGAAGGCAUGAUCGUGUUCAUGUCACAUCAAUAUGUGAUUAUAUAAUGAUUUUUUGCCAUUAUAACAAAUUAUAUAGGUAUCCAUAGGCAUCAUAAAUGACGUGUAUUCCACAUACAGUAAUUAUAUGUUCUGUGAAGUGUUAUAGCCAUUAUGAAAUAUGUGCCGGUGCCAUGCAUAUUUGGCAUGAUGUAUUUUUACUUCCUUUUUCAACAGAUGUUUAUGAAUGGCACAGAGCAACAAGUCGGUAGUUCGUUUUGAAAAUGAUGUGAAUUGAAAGAACCAAGGUUUUGUAAGAGCAAAACCUUGUUGAGAGUAGUAAGGCAUACAGCACAGAGCCCACGUUCCCAGCGUCUACCGUGAUUCACAGGCACGACUGCGUGAGAUUUUUCCCUUCCAUCCUGCUUGUUAACAUACUUGAUCCACUCAGGGAACUUGCUCUCAUUUCACUUUCUGUUAAAAAGCACAACUAAAACUGAAAACUUCUUAGCGCAGAAGCUUCAAGGUAGCGCCGUCUGUUUACCCGUCAUGAGGUUGAUAUGAACAAUUCAAGGACUGUGAGGAUGAUCUGCUUCAGUAUGUAGCCAAGUUCCUUUUCUUGAUCACAUGUCCUUGCGUGUUUACCCGAAAUGUUUUCAACAUCUACUUCUUCAUCUUCUGUCUUUAUAUGGGAGAGAUAUAGAGGCAAAAUCACUGGCGGAUGUGUUCAGAGAGUGUCGUGUGCGAGCCACAUGAUUUUAAGUGGCUUUUAACAAUUAGUGGAAUGUAAUAUUUAUACUGUAUUAGUAGGAAAAAACUGUACAUGGAAAUUGACAAUUUUUUUUAACCUAAAAUAUUUGAUCUUUCCAUUGUUUUUUUUCUGUCCCCUUUCUUUUGAAGAUUAUGAUUCUCACCAAAUUAAGCUGACUCUUCAUCUAUUUGUCCAAAAUAAAUGUGAUUGUUCCGGAUCACAUCAUUCACUUAAGACUAUUUCAAGUUCUGGACUUUUCUUACAAUCCAGAUGUUUAUUAGCUAUUGGAAUAAAUAAUAAAAUUGUUGUACUCUG